AUGCCGAUUAUAAAUGUAGAUGAGCUGACUGACAAGGACAAGGCUGUAAUGGAAGUAACCCAACUUAAAAUUGAAGUGAAACUUGAGAGGUGGUUGACAUCUAAAUGCUGUGAGGAGAUCAAGGAAUACAUUACGGCUGGAGAGGAGGAGGACAUCCUUUUCAAAGGCAUUGCAGAGGACAAGAACCCCUUCAAGGAGAAAGGUGGCUGUGUCAUUUGCUAG